CAACCCCUUCCCUAACCCCAACAGUGUAUAUUUAUAACUAGUUCUCGCUCACUGAAACAUAUAACCUUGUGCUACAUUCUAAUGAUCACACGGAAAGAAAAGUAGAAAACUAGAUGGCAUACACAUACACUUCAUGGCUCCUCUUGGGCCAACUCCUCCUUCUAGUGUCUAAUACUGCGGCGAAAGUUCCGGCGAUCAUCGUGUUCGGUGACUCCUCAGUCGAUGCCGGCAACAACAACCAGCUUUCCACUGUUCUUAAGAGCAAUUUCAAGCCUUAUGGCCGUGAUUUUUACGGUGGCCGGGCCACAGGACGAUUCUGCAACGGCCGGAUUCCGCCAGACUUCAUAUCUGAGGCUUUUGGUCUAAAGCCGUAUGUGCCGGCCUACUUGGAUCCAAUGUAUACUAUAUCAGAUUUUGCUGUUGGUGUUUGCUUUGCUUCUGCUGGUACUGGCUAUGACAAUGCAACCUCUGAUGUUCUUUCUGUGAUACCUCUGUGGAGGGAAGUGGAGUACUACAAAGACUACCAAAAAAAGCUCAGAGCCUAUUUGGGUGUCCAAAAAGCCAACAGAAUAAUCAGCGAAGCACUAUAUCUAAUCAGCAUUGGAACCAACGACUUCCUCGAGAACUACUACACCCUCCCCAACCGGAGGUCUCAGUACAACGUCGAUCAGUACCAGACCUUCCUCGCCGGACUCGCAGAGAAUUUUAUCAAAGAACUUUACAGUCUCGGUGCUCGGAAAAUAUCCCUCGCAGGGCUUGUUCCAAUGGGUUGUCUGCCAUUGGAGAGGACCUCGAACCUCAUCGGUGGGAAUGGAGGUGGAUGUCAAGAGAGUUACAACAUAGUGGCGAAGAGCUUUAAUGGGAAACUGAGUGGGUUGGUGAAUAAGUUGAAUGGAGAGCUUCUUGGUGUUAAAGUCGUGCUUUCGAAUCCUUACGAUACUUUUCAGCAGAUUGUUCAGAAGCCUUCUGCGUUUGGUUUCGAAGUUACAGCAGUGGCAUGCUGUGCUACGGGAAUGUUCGAGAUGGGUUAUAUGUGUGAUCAAUUUAACCCAUUUACGUGCACGGAUGCAAAUAAGUAUGUAUUCUGGGAUUCAUUCCAUCCUACGGAGAAAACAAAUCGUAUCAUCUCUGAUCAUAUGGUCAAACAUGUCCUCAAUGUAUUCAUGUAAUUCAUAAGGCAUUAAUGUAUGUAUAAUAUGUAGUGUAAUAAAUAUAUGUAGAGUGGUAUUAGUGAUCAAGUGAUGAUAAGUGCUCAUAUGUAUGAGGGGCAUUAUUAGUGUUUGUUUUGUAGUGUCUAUUUUUGUUUGACAAUGUUGUUACUCCUAUUAUCAAUAUGAACAUGAUUACUAGUAAGAGGUUCGUUGUUAUAUUUUUCCACAUAUUUUGGUUGGUAAAGGUAGG